GACGUUUGUUAAUUCAACCGAUACCUUUCCUAGUGGGCAAGUACACUUCUAGAUACACAUUGUCUAAAAAUGUAAGUCUUUAAUAGAUAGAGAUAAAGAUGGAUUGAAAAUUGCAUUUAACUAUGGACGUACAGUUGGCUAUUUCUGCCGUUCUAUUAUUCAUGGUUUGCACAUUACACAUUGUUGGGCCAAAUAACCAUGUCGAUCAGGUGGCCACCGGACUAAUCCUGAGAAAUCAUUUCAAGGGAUAGAUCGUUGUCUUUGAGAAGGGCCUUGUUACAGUUCCAUUGCAACAGGUCUCCAGUAACGACAACAUCAAUAAUUGUGGAACGGAAGAAUGUAAAAUUAGAUAGGCGGUCGUACGUAUAAUAAACGGGCGACAGAAAAAGGAAUAAACUAGAUCUGAUGUCACUGCUCUGUUGGAUUAUCGAAUACGUGAGGGAUUUAAUAUCCUCGAAUCGAAGAUAGCAGUAGCCAACUUUGCAUGUGAUACGUUGCCAAUAUGAUGCCGAUGUUCCUCACCGUGUACCUCAGCAACAAUGACCAGCAUUUCACAGAGGUGCCCGUUACCCCGGAAACCCUGUGCCGUGAUGUGGUGGAGCUGUGCAAGGAGCCGGGGGAGGGAGAAUGCUUCCUAGCUGAAAUGUGGCGAGGCUCAGAGCGCGCCAUUGGUGACGGAGAGCGAAUGCUGGACAUGCUCCAGCGUUGGGGACACCAGAGGGGGGAGGUGCGCUUCCUCCUGCGCCAUGACCGGGCACCCUGCAGAGAGUCAGGCGGAUCAAGGGUUUGCGAUCCCUCCGCUAAAAGGAACAUGGUCAAGGUGCCUGUGGACCGAUGCAUGGAGAAUGGGGUGGCACCACCUUGCAUGGACAUCACCCUCUCGGAGCUGCAGGAGUUGGCGUCACGGCAACAGCAGCAGAUCAAUUCGCAGCAGCAGCUCCUGGCCUCAAAGGAGCAACGUCUGCGCUACCUGAAGCUGCAGGAGCAGCAGCAGCAGGCGUCAGAGCAUGAGAGACUACUGCAGCUUUGUGAGAACGCUGAGAACCAGGAGACCAAGCUGCGGCGGGUGCGGGCCCUUAAGGGUCAAGUGGAGCAGAAACGUCUUAGCAACAGCAAACUGGUGGAGGAGAUAGAGCAGAUGAACGGGCUGUUUCAGAGUAAGCAGUGCGAGCUCCUGGUGGCCGUCUCGAGAGUGGAGGAGCUGAGCAGGCAGCUGGAGACCCUGAAAAGCGUCAAGAUGGAGCCCUCUCAUGACGGCCCGAGCUCCGCCGGCGAGCUGGAGCGUCUUUACAAGGAGCUGCAGCUGAGGAAUAAGCUGAACCAGGACCAGAGUGCCAAGCUGCAACAGCAGCGUGAGAGCCUGAGCAAGCGCAACCUGGAGGUGGCCACCAUGGACAAGCGAGUGGCCGAACUCCGCGAACGCCUGUGGAAGAAGAAGGCAGCACUACAGCAGAAGGCGAACUUGCCCGUCCCCACAAAGAGCCAGGCCCUGCAGCCAUGUGGCCCUUCCAGGGUGGCGGCCGUGGGCCCUUACAUCCUGUCCUCCACUGCGGCCCCAGGGCCUCCGGUGCCCAGCCGACAGGAGCUGCUGAUCAAGCCUGCCUACCCCGACGGCACCACCACCUUACCCAUGCCAGACUCCUCCAUGAAGGCCCCUCCUAGACCGCUUAAACCCUACCCAGCUCUGACAGGUUUUCAGUCAUCCAAGACGUCUCAGCUGUCCGACUGGUCCAGCUCCAGAGCAGAGUCCAGCGGCAGUCAUCAUGGCAUGUCCUCUACUCUGCCUCGCAUGUCCAGCCUCUCCUCACAGGGCUCAGGAGACGCCGAGACCCUCAAGGGCCAAAAGGGGCGUCACAUUUCUAUGUUUGACGCCCCGGCUCCCGUCCACUCGCAGAACAAUCAGAGCAGCGAGGACCUCUUGAGGGAUACCCAGGUGGGUGGUAAGGCUCUUGGCAAGGUGCCACCUCCUAUCCCUACCAAGCCCCCGACCUUCGGCAAACCGCCCUACAGCACGGGCACUUUCCCGGGCAAGGCAAAACCGUCUGCCUCCCUCCAUCUGUGUGCACCUCCGCCCAUCCACAGCCACACCCUGCCUCUGCCAUCCAAGCAGGAGGCUCCUCCGGCGGCUACGGUGCGCCCCUUCACCCCGGAUCCUCCAGAGUCCACAGCGGCAGUGCCGGUCCUCCAGAAGCCACAGACGGUGGCUGCCUCCUCCAUCUACUCCAUGUACACCCAACAGCCCAGGACAGGCGGGGGCACUCUGACACGCACGCAGCCCAGAGUGUAUGGAAAACCAGUCAUCUCAUGCAGUGGGGGGCAGCAGUCGCUCCUCGCGGACUCCACCUAUUUGGGGGUCGACGAUUUCGAGGUGGACCAGGGGGGUCCCGGCCUGGCGUCUCUGGCACCUGAGAGCCAGUGGGGCCAGGAGACGGAGCGGGCCCCUCGUCCCCUCAGCCCCACCAAGCUCCUCCCCUUCAUCUCGCACCCUCACCGGCACCCCAGUGACGCCGACCUGGAAGCCCUGCGCCGUCGGCUGCACCAUGCCCCGCGACCCCUCAAGAAGCGCAGCUCCAUCACAGAGCCUGAGGGCCCCGCGGGGCCCAACAUCCAGAAGCUUCUCUACCAGAAGACCACACUGGCCGCCAUGGAGACUGUUGUGGCGUCUCCAUACGAGGGUGAAGGUGGAGGAACAUGGAAGGAGGGGGCCAGUGCCGGUGGAGCCCCAGACUGCACUGGUACGUCCCAAGUUUUCACCGCUGCAGAGUCUCUCGCUGAGACCGAGGAAGAUGCACAGGUGCCCCCCCGCUCGCCCAUCCCAGAGCCCUCUUCCUCCUCCAGCCACACCAUGCCCCCGUCGCUGGAGGAAGAGGAGCCAGAUCCCUGCCACCCACCCCCCCAUCAGCCAGAAGCCUACUUGGAGGAGUACCCGCCCUACCCGCCCCCUCCAUACCCCAGCGAAGGGGAGCAGGACCUGGGGGAGGACACGCUCAACAUGAAGGCUCCGGAGGUCACGGGACAGGUCACUCUGCCUCCGGGCUGGAGGACCAACCUGCGGAAGGUCGGCUCGGAGCGCAUCUACCACGGCAUGCGGGUCAAGUUUAACCCCCUGGCCCUGCUGCUGGACUCCUCUCUGGAGGGCGAGUAUGAUCUGGUGCAGAGGGUCAUCUAUGACGUGGAUGACCCCAGCCUGCCCAAUGACGAGGGCAUCACAGCCCUGCACAACGCCGUCUGCGCCGGCCACACCGAGAUCGUCAAAUUCCUGGUGCAGUUUGGCGUGAACGCAAACGCUGCCGACAACGAUGGCUGGACUCCAUUGCACUGUGCGGCCUCCUGUAACAAUGUGCAGGUGUGUAAGUUCCUGGUGGAGUCCGGGGCUGCUGUGUUUGCCACCACCUACAGUGACAUGCAGACAGCGGCAGACAAGUGCGAGGAGAUGGAGGAGGGCUACGCACAGUGCUCCCAGUUCCUCUACGGUGUACAGGAGAAAAUGGGCAUCAUGAACCGUGGGGUGGUGUACGCCCUAUGGGACUACGAGGCUGAGGACGAUGACGAGUUGACCUUCCAGGAAGGCGACUGCAUGACGGUGCUGCGGCGCGAGGACAAGGACGAGAGAGAGUGGUGGUGGGCCUGCUGCGGAGACCGAGAGGGCUACAUUCCAAGAAACCUGCUAGGGCUGUAUCUGAGGAUCAAGCCACGGCAGAGGAGCUUGGCUUAAAUUAUAUCGGCUCACGUUCCACCCUACUCGCUGAAAACUACUCCGACUUGAAGAAGUUACUUUUUGGAAGGCGAAUGAAGAACCUACUUCUGGUCUUCUGGAUGUCAAAGUCAAGCAUUCCACUUCAAGCUUUUGGACCUGUCUGUGAAAGACCAUAUCAUGCUAAAGGGUUUUCAACCUAUGUCUGGAUAAUAUUCACAUGGUCAUGCUGUUUCCUUUUCACUGCAGGAAUGUAUUAUGGGACAACAUUUGUAAUGGAGACUUCUGAACAGUUGUUUUUUUGUAGAUGUGUGAUUUUCUGAGCAGAAUCCAUUUGUAAGGGUUUGUAACUGUGGCAGUUGGAAAUGUAAAGCUUUUUCUACGUCAUGGCAAGCUUAUAUCCACACAAGAUACAGUAUAUAAAAACUUUGGUUGUGUAUUUGACUAUUUCCCUUUAUCUUCCGUUAUCACAAACAAUCUUGCUGUGGGUAUACAGUGCCUUCAGAAAGUAAUUCAUACCACUUGACUUAUUCCACAUUUUGUGUUACAGCCUGAAUUCAAAAUGGAUUAAAUGUGUUUCUUUUCUCACCAAUCUACACACAAUAGCCCAUAAUGACAAACUGAAAACAUGGUUUAGAAAUGUUUGCAAAUGGAUUGAAAAUGAAAUCCAGAAAUAUCUAAUUAACAAGUAUUCACACCCCUGAGUCAUUCAUUACAUGUUAGAAUCACCUUUGGCAGCGAUUACAGCUGAGUCUUUCUGGAUUAAUAUCUCUCUAAGAGCUUUACACACCUGGGUUGUACAAUAUUUGCACAUUAUAAUUUUAAAAAAUUCUUCAAGCACUGUCAAGUUGGUUGAUCAUUGUUAGACAGCCAUUAUCAAUUCUUGCCAUAGAUUUGGAAUCCGAUUUAAGUCCAACUGUUACUAGGCCACUCGGGGACAUUCAAUAUCAUCUUGGUAAGCAACUCCAGUGUAUAUUUGGCUUUGUAUUUUAAGUAAUUGUCAUGUUGAAAGGUGAAUUUGUCUCCCAGCAUCUGUUGGAAAGUAGACUCAACCAGGGUUUCCUCUAGGAUUUUACCUGUACUUUGCUCUAUUCUGUUUUAUUUUAUCCCAAAAAAACUCCCUAGUCUUUGCUGGUGACAAGCAUGCCCAUAACAUGAUGCAGCCACCACCAUGCUUGAAAAUAUGAAGAGUGGUACUCAGUGAUAUGUUGUUGGAUUUCCCUCAAACCUAACAAUAUUCAGGACAUAAAGUUAAUUUGUUUGCAGUUUUAGUUUAGUGCCUUAUUGCAAACAGGAUGCAUGUUUUGGAAUAUUUUUUUUCUGUACAGGCUUUCUUUUUUUCACUCUGCCAUUUUAGGUUAGUAUUGUGAAGUAACUAUAAUGUUGUUGAACCAUCCUCAGUUUCUCCUAUCACAGCCAUUAAACUGUUUUAAAGUCACCGUUGACCUCAUGGUGAAAUCCCUGAGCAGUUUCCUUCCUCUCCGUCAACUGAGUUAGGAAGGACGCCUGAACCUUUUGUAGUGACUGGGUGUAUUGAUACACCAUCCAAAGUGCAAUAACUUAACCAUGCGCAAAGGGACAUUCAAUGUCUGUUUUUAACUGUUUUACCAAGUAUCAUGGGCAUUCUUUGUGAGGCAUUGGAAAUCCUCCCUGGUCUUUGUGGUUGAAUCUGUGUUUUAAAUUCACUGCUCGACUGAGGUACCUUGCAGAUGAUUGUAUUUGUGGGGUACAGAGAUGAGAGUUAUUCAAAAAUCAUGUUAAGCACUCUUGCACAUAGUGAGUCCAUGCAUCUAAUGUGACUUGUUAAGCAAAAAAAAGGGUUUGAAUACAAGACAUUUCAGCUUUUCAUUUUUAAUUAUUAAAAUAUUUUUUUUAAAUACACUGACGUUAUGAGGCAUUGUGUCACGGGUCUACACACAAUCUGUUUUAAUCAAUUUUAAAUUCAAGCUGUAUCACAACAAUGUGGAAAAGGGUCAAGGGGUGUGAACACUUUCUAAAGACACUGUAGUUCCACCUAGAUUUGAAGCUUUGUAAUGUUGUUUCAGUUUUCCUAUCAAUGUUUAUUUUCCAAUGUUUUUGUAGAACAUUUUAUGUGUGUGUGUGUGUGUUUAAGUACUGUAUGUAGCCUGGCAUGCUGUGCUAAUAAUGUUGAAUGCACAAGCUUCAACGGCAUUGCUCAACAUCACCUCAUUCCAAACCUUCAUAUCUUAAAGAGAUGCUCAACGUUGUUCGUGAAAAGGUAUCGUCCUGUAGGUUUUUGCGCCAACCAUAAUCUUGCCCAUCCUAUUUAUAACAAUUAGGUGGUUGAUAAGCUGACUAGGGUCAGUUUACAACCGCGGUUGGAGUGAAAACCUACAAGAGGGUAGCUCUCCAGGAACAGGGUUGGGCAGCCCUGCACAUGGACCAGACAGAAUAUGACCAGCAUUUUUUGGUUACACAACUUUCACGAUUAAACCAUUAUAAAUGCGUUUUAAAUUAUUUUAAAUACCUAAUUUCAAUGUAAAUGAAAUAGUCAUAUGAAUAGUAUGUAGACCCUUAACUAUUUAUACAUGUUUAGCCUAUUUAUGAAAGUCAUUAUAAAAGUGUAAACACAUUUUAUUAAUGGCAUUGAGUAAUUUAAACCAGUGACAUUUCAAAAAUUUUGCUGUCAGCUAAAACUGCAAAAUUCACAUGUGUUCUGUGAACAAUCGGUGUUGACCAUCAAGCCAAAUAAGUUCAGCUUUUAAAGAGUCAAAAAUAUGCAAAAAGAUUGUCUUUUGAUGUUUCUAUGGAAGUCAUGAUAAAACAUGUUUAAUAUUUACACAACCUUGAUGCAAUACAUACACAUACUGCAAACUUGCCACUUGUCUCAACCGAAUAGAAGCUAAUAAUACCUGUAAUAUUUAAUAUAUCUAAAAGAAAAGUGCUCUGCAUGCUUUCUGUACUAAAUUUGUAUAUUUCCUAUGACAGUAAACAUUUAAGAUACUGUAAAGAUCAGCUGAUACUUAAAUAAACAGCAUACAUCUGUGGUCACCAAGCCC